AUGCCUGGCUUCCACGUCUACCCGCAGGCCUCCCGCCUCUCCGGGGAGUGCUCGCCCGAGGUGAGCUUGGUGGCGCCUUCCACGCCCGCGCCCGCGCCCAUCGACCUCAACACCACACCGGUGGCUGGUGGCUCGUCAUCCGGAGGCGCGAGGAAACGCGCGCGGCACAUGCCAGCUGACGUGCUGCCGGGCGCACGCAACCUGUUCGACGGAAUGCCCGCCUCCGGCGACGACGACUACAUGCAGAACAUCAUCUUCGAGGGUGGUGCGCCGGCCGCUGGCCGUGCCGUCAGGGCUUGCUACGAUCCCGACGAGACACAAAUCCAGGACAGCCGAGGGGCAUUCACGCCGUCCAACUUUGAACAAGAUCAGGCGGCCUUCAUGCAUGAUCAGGUCGGCCUGGACCUGGACGGCUUCCCACUCGACCACGAGUUUCCGGAGGACUACGGGCAAGAGGAAGAGGACGAGUGCGACAUCGAUGGGGAGCCUUUGUUCGAGGACGAGCUCGCCAACCAAGCCGCCGGGGCGAAGCCGAAGCGCAAGAGCAAGUGGACCAAGGCAUACACGGCGGCUGAGGACAUGCUUCUUUGUGAGUGUUGGAGAGACAUUGGGCAAGACCCCAAGACGAGCGCCGAACAAAAGGCAUCAACCUUUUGUAUUCGUGUCCACCGUGAGUUCCAUGAGCGCAAGAAGUUUCCGCCGUACCAAAUAGUAAGCACGCGCGGGUGGGUGUCCAUUUCAAAGCGAUAG